AUGGAAGGAACUCAGAGGCUGUGGAAUUGCAGAAAGGGAAUCUUCCAGUGCCUUUUCAUGAUGUUUUCUUGGAAGGCAGUUUCUGGGCAGAUCCACUACUCCAUUCCAGAAGAGAUGCACAAAGGCUCUUCCGUGGGGAAUGUUGCAAAGGACCUGGGAAUGGAUGGCAAGCAGCUCCCAAACCAUGGACUGCGCAUUGUUUACCCUGUAGGUAUGAUUCAGUACUUUUCUUUGAAUGCCAACAAUGGCCAUUUGCAGAUAUCUGAGAGAAUAGAUAGAGAGGAAAUCUGCAGAGAGGCAGAGAAAUGUAUGUUAAAGUUUCAGGUUCUUGUUGAAAGCAAACUGAAGCUUUAUGGAAUUGAAGUGGAAAUUACGGAUAUAAAUGAUAAUGCUCCCCACUUCCCUCUAUGGGAACAGGAGCUGGAAAUCAGUGAGGCAUCUAUACCUGGAUUCCAGGUUCCUCUUCCUGAAGCUCAAGAUCCAGAUUGGGGGAUAAAUUCAGUGCAGAGCUAUCAACUCACAGGCAGUACCCAUUUUGCUUUGCAUGUGCAAACAGAAGAAAAUGGUGUCAGACCUGUUGAACUUGUGUUGGAAAAAUCAUUGGACAGAGAGGAACAAUCAGCUUACGAUUUGCUCCUCACAGCUACUGAUGGAGGUGAUCCCAUCAGAUCUGGCACAUUACAAAUCCACAUCGACGUCCUUGAUGCAAAUGACAAUGCACCAGUUUUCAGCCAACCUCUCUAUGAAGUGAGUGUGAAUGAGAAUAUUCCCAAGUGGUCCACACUUUUGACAGUGAGAGCAACUGAUAUGGAUGAAGGAAUCAAUGGAGACAUUAGAUACUCUUUCCAAAAAAUCACAAAGAGAGAUUCCCAAAUGUUUGUCUUAAAUUCCACAACAGGUGAAAUCAUCCUUAUUGGGAAUCUUGAUUAUGAGGAAUCAUCUUUAUAUGCAUUUGAGAUACAAGCCAAAGAUGGAGGAGGCCUGAGUGACAGAUCAAAAGUUGUGAUAUCUGUUACAGAUCUGAAUGACAAUGCACCUCAAUUAUCAGUUAACUUUGCCACCAACACCAUACUUGAAAGUUCACCAUCCCAAACGGUAAUUGCCAUUUUAAAUGUCCAAGACCGAGAUUCAGGAAUCAAUGGGGAAAUCACAUGUUCAAUCCCUAGCAACCUCCCUUUCCAGCUAAAGAAGUCCAUGGAUAACUUUUACAGUUUGGUGACUGAUGGUGCCCUUGACAGGGAACAGGUGUCAGUCUUCAAUAUUACUGUCACUGUUACUGACCAUGGAGUCCCCCCUCUUUCUGCAGUCACAGUUAUCACACUUCAUGUUUUAGACACAAAUGACAACCCACCCCUCUUUGAAAAAACAGACUAUACUUUCUAUUUUGUUGAGAAUAACCAAAGAGGAGCCAUGGUCUCUUCUAUAAGAGCAAAUGAUCUUGACUGGGAAGAAAAUGCCAGAAUAACAUAUUCCAUCACUGAUGACCAAAGAAGUGACUCCCGCCUCUCCUCCUACCUCUCUAUUAACUCUGAGACGGGGGUUAUAUAUGCUCUAACCUCCUUUGAUUAUGAAGACUUUCAAGACAUUCGGUUCCAUGUAAAGGCUCAGGAUGGAGGUUCUCCACCACUCAGCUCCAAUGUCUCAGUGACUCUCUUCAUCCUGGACCAGAAUGACAACGCUCCCCAAAUCCUGUACCCCUCCCCUCCCACUGAUGGUUCCACAGGGAUAGAGCUGGCCCCUCGCUCCUCUGAGCCAGGCUACCUGGUCACUAAGGUGGUGGCCGUGGAUGCGGACUCUGGCCAGAAUGCCUGGCUCUCCUACCAGCUUAUCAAGGCCACUGAGCCAGGGCUCUUCACUCUGGGGCUCCACACGGGAGAGAUCAGGACGGCCCGCUUCUUUCUGGAGAAAGAUGCCCUCAAGCAAAGCCUGGUGGUUUUAGUCAAGGACAAUGGGCAGCCACCUCUCUCUGCUUCAGCCACUCUGACUGUGGUGCUGGCUGACACCAUCCCUGCAGUCCUCUCAGACCUGAGCAGCAUCUCAGCUCCUGUAGAUCCUCCGUCUGACCUCACCUUCUACCUGGUCCUUGCAGUGGCUUUUGUCUCCUGCUUGUUCCUCAUCUUCCUCCUUGUGUUACUGGCCAUCAAGCUGCACAGGUGGAGAAAUUCUCAGCUGCUUGAGUCAGGGAGUGUGAAUUUCAGUGGCGCUCCUAUCUCACAGUUUGUGGGGAUCGAUGGAGUCCGAGCAUUUCUGCACUCCUACUGCCAUGAUGUUUCUCUGACUUCAGGCUCUAAGAAAAGCCAAUUUAGUAUUUCCAAGGCAAAUUAUUCCAAUACUCUGAACAAUCAACAGACUUGUGAGGUAAAGAAUCCUAUCAUAUCUGGUGAAGAUUUAAAUUUUAAUGAUGGUGAUCCAGUCAUAGCCCAGGUGAGUUAAUCAGGUUAUCUUUUGAUUUUAUAUGAACUUACUCAUCUUGGUGAAUUUUACAUCUAUCUGCUGAUCUGCAAUACUAUACUGGAGGCUAUUAUUAUAGAUAGCACUUUGUUUGAUAUUUAUUAGUAACACCACAGUUGUUUUUUCAGUAUUUGUGUUUCACACAAAUUAUUUUACUCAAUUACAUUUCUUAUCUUUACUGUUAUAUUGCCCAGUAGUAAAAUGACUCUCUGAUCCUCAUUGCCAAGUAUAUAUUAUGGUAUGUAAAAAUAUAAUUGAUGCUAUGCAGCUUUUUAAUGAACAUCAAUAUUAUGGGCACCAUCCAUAGGAGAGAUAAGCACAUGCUUAAGUUCCUUCUCCAGAAAUCACUGGGUCUCAGAAAUGCUUUUCUUUGGCCGAAAUGUACCAUAUAGUUGUAGGGUAUUUUGGAAUAACGUGUGCAUAGUAAGAAUAAUCAUGAGUUAUACUUAUACACUUGUUUGACUGAUAUUCUAGCAUCUGUUGAAUCGAGAAAAAUGAAUAUAACAUGCUAACUGAAUAUUAAUUAAGAUAGAUUAUUUAGCGCAUUUGUGCAAUUAGUUUUAGGCUGAAUCUUCUGGCUUUUCCAUUAGUAAAUGUCAUGUGGAUUCUCAUGUUCUCUGCCGGGAUGGGUAGGGCAGAAGGAAAAUCAAAGAUGUAAACUGGCAGAAGAAAACACUCCCAUAUGCAAGGAUUAAAGCGAAUCUUCCAUAUGAUGGACCUCUACCACUUUCCAAACCUCUAAAAGGAAUUAGAUCAAAGACAGGGAGGUAGGUGUGUGGAUAGGGAAGACUUUCACAUAUGACUAGGCAGAGACAGAGCUGUUUCUUGUAAUGGCUUUGAAAGGCCAAGCACCAGGGCCGGCCCAGCCACGAGGGAAGGUGUGGUGACCACCUUAGGCGGCAGAGUCCUCCAGGGCAGCAGAUCCUGAUGUCAGUUCCUGACGUAGAUCUUCACUCACCCCAUCUUCCCUGGUGGGGAGGGGGUGCCAUUCUGGGGUCUGUCUCAGGUGCCAAAACGUACUGGGCCGGCCUUGCCAAGUACUGCUUGGCUUUUUGCUACAUACAAAACUAUUCCUGGAGAAAAUAUACCAGAACUUUCCUGUCACUAAAUAUGGUAAUUAAUUCUCUUCUGACAGAUAAACCAUAAUCUCUGCUGUGGAGCCUCUUCUAGAGAAUGCUUAUUCACUCUUUUUGAUCUCCUGUGUGCAUCUGUGGCAGCCUUUAUGUUUUAGAAGUGCUGGCAGCGCUCCUCCCCCAUUCUUCUGAGGAAAAUAUUAUCUUUCCUGAAUACUUUUUCUACUGCCCUCACAAUUAAGCAAACACCUUCAAUCCCUUACUAGUCCUCAUAUUAAACCUUGCUAAAAAAUAAAUAAAAAUCCAGUAUAUAUGCAAUGCUAGAGCGCACAGUCCUGAUUAUAUGAUUUUAAAAAAGUUCUUAAAUGCCAUGAAUAUGAGCUGUUUGUUCCUAGAAACUGGGAUGCGUCGUUCCUGUGGUGGGUUUGUCUGAGAUGAAGUAAUCCCUAGAAGUUAUUUUCUCUAGAUAUUACUACACAGUAAAUGUGGAUGGAUGUUAAAAACUCACCCAAAGGCAAAUGUGAACACUUUGCAAAGAGGCUAAAGACCUGCCAAUCAUUAAGAAUUCACUGUAUAGUUAACUUACAGUAUAAUGGUAUACAUACCUACUCAGAUGUGCUUAAUGGAUACAGGAUGGCAGACGAGGCUUUGGUUUAGGGUUGGCAUUAGGGAAAAACAGGGUUCUUGUGCCUUUAACAGAUGUAUGACAGACAGAAAUUCAAGAGGUUGAGCCUUUCCUAGUAUGGAAAUACAAUUACGGGAAAAGUUUCACCAUGACUGUGCUCACUCUAAUUUUGUGGUAUGCCAUGCUCCCCACAGCAGCCAUUUUGUAUUAUGCCAUGCACCCAUGGCAGCCAUUUUGUAACAUGCACCCACAGCUGUUGGAAUAACUCUCUCAUAAUUAAAAAAAGUGAUCACUGGUCCAGUGGUGUAAUUGUAAAACAGGCAAACUGUCAGGUUUCUGAGGUAGCAGCAGCUAGAGUGAGGAAAGGUGAAGAGCAGGCCCUCAGCCUGGCAGAACCACCUCCCCCGCUUCCUUGCUGAGGAGAAAUGAGCAGGCCUUGGGACUGAGGCUUUAUAAAAUGAUGUGAAGCUGUACUGGUUCCCUGACCACCUGAAUUUAUAUUUUUGCCUAGAUGGGGAGACUACCGUACAAUACUUCUGGUGGACAUGCUGUCAUGUGCCUCCCUGCCACAGGGGACCACUAUCUGAGAUAUAUUUGGCAGGUAUUCAUGGAAGGGAUGUGAAACUCCCUGCCUUGGAAAGUCCUCUGGGCCUCCUUCCUGAUGGCAUUUCACUGCCUGCUGCAGGCCUUUUUAUUCCAAUAGGCAUUAAUCCUGCCUUGAAGCUGAAUAUUCUUGACUAUAUCUCAAAUAUAGACAUUUUUAAAAAAAUCCACACUGACUCCAUGGCAGGAUUGUUGAAGUGACUAUUAUUUUAUCUGCAAAGUCUGAGGUAAAUUACCAUAGUGUACAGAGUCCAGAUUUAUUCUUCCAAAAGAACUCUGCCAAAUUCUUCUUUACAUAUUUGGGGGCAAAUGACAGAAAAAGAAGACAAUUUAUUUACUGUUGCUGCAAUACUACCACUCCAAAUUCUAGGAUGGAUUGAGGGGAGUAUCACAUGCUCAAAAUAAAGGGAAACAGAGGUAUGAGUGACAUUUAUUCCUUCCUGUAUAAUACGCAAAGCAGGGCUAGGCACAAGGAUCAUGGAAUGAUGGAUGAUUCUAGCAGGUGAAAUUCUUGCAUUUUAUCAUAGUGGAGACACAUGUGUUCUCACCAUAUAUUAGAAUUAUAGAGUUGAAAGUUACCUCAGUAAUCAUCUAGUCCAACCAUCUGCCAAUGCAGGAAAUUCACCAUUGCUGAUAGUCUCUGUUUAGAACUUCUAAUGAAGAAGAGUACACUACUUAUGGAUGCAGUCUGAUCCACUUUCAAGCAGCUCAUGCCUGCAAAAGGUUCUUCCUAAUAGUCUAAAUACUUUUUCUUGCAAUUUGAAUUCUUCUUUUGUUUCCCCAUUUUGGACACAUUCCAGUUUGCCAAUAUUCUUCUUAAAUUGUGGUGCAUGGAAAUGGGCACAGUACUCUGGGUGAGGUUGUCUGACCAAAGCAGGAUAUAAAUAUACCAUUACUUUUCAUAAACUGGACGCAGUAUUUAUGUUGAUGUGAACUAGAACUGCAUUAGCCUUUUUAGCUGUUGCGUCGCACUACUGGCUCAUGUUUACCUUGUUAUCUGCUAAAACCCUAGAAUCUUUUCACAUGUACAGCUGUCAAGCCAGGUAUCACCCAUCCUAGAUUUGUGCACCUGAUUCUUCCUAACUAAUGCAGAGAUUUAAAUUUAUCUCUAUUGAAAAUUGUUUUGUUAAAAACGUCCCCUUUCUGCAUCCAGUCAUGAUCCAAGUAUUAUUAGCUAUUAUUAGGCAUGAGGGAGCUGCUUUCUAUGAGUAGACCCUAUGCAGUUGGGAUCUAAGUGAGAAGCCAUGUAGGUUGAGUUUAUGCAAGAGGAGUGUGUUCAGUUUAUGUGGGUGGGACCUGCGUGAUCAGCUCACUCAUUACGCCCCAGCUGCAUAGAGACUGUUUGGAGGAAAGCAGCUCCCAAGCAAGAGGCAUGCUAUUUAGAAGACUUCUGAGUCACUCGUUUUUCUUGUGCUUCGCCAGCUUUCACCACAACUCAAACAGCAUCCAGCUAGGCUUCUGUUUCUGAUGUUUCAGGUCCCCACUUCAGCAGGAAGUAGAAGAGACACUGGUGUUUAUUAUCUUACCUUCUACAUGGUGCCUACUUAAAAGCAUACCUCAUGAGAGGCCAUCUGAAUACCUGCAGCCUCCAACUACACAGUAAAGUUACCACAUUUCUAGAUAUGGGUGCUUAUGGAAUCACGGGUGGGAUUUCAGAUACUUGUAGUCACACCUCCCAGUGGCCAUGAUGUGGGGUAUGUUCACUUGAGAAUAUUGUUGGUUAGCUAUAAAUCAAAGAAGUGACUGAGUUGAUGGCCAAAGUCAAAUUGAGUUGACUUCAGAGAACAACCAAGCCUCCAAAAGGAGAGCUGUCAUUGAUAAAGUCAUAAGAGGAUAAUGGAAUACAGCAGCAAACUGGAAGUAUCUGGGAUAGAUUAUUGAAAUUGUUUUCCCCACAAUGGAGACUUAAAAGAUUCAAAUCUGCUACCUCAGAAUGUAAUGGUGUGAAAACAAAAGUGCCUUCUUGAUUCCCUCAAUACAUCUCUUGUUUCAAAACACCAGUUUCAGAUUCUUAUGGUACUAGAAUGAAUAGCUAUCCUCAUGAUGGGCAGGGUGCAAGUCUUAGUUACUGGACAUUUUAGUUCCAUUAAUGUUGUUCUGAUUAUUGGCUUUCACUGAAAAGGCUCUGUAGUUCUACUUACUGGAUUUAAUGGAAACUUCUCAUCUCAAAGUUAGUCAGCCUAAGAGCCUGAGGAACUAUCAAAUGGGAACUGAAGAAAGAGAAGCUGGACACGUGGGAUUACUGAAGGAGGGAAAGAUGGAGAGGAAAGAGGAUGCAUGAUUAUUUUUCAAGCACAGCCCCGUGGAAGAUGACUUUCCAUGAUGCAAUCCCCUGCAUCUAAGAGCUGCCUGUGACAGACAAAACCACGUGGACAGGGAAGAUCGCGAACUUUGCACACACAAUAUGCAAAUCUGGUUCUGUCAUUCAUAGGCAGCCCCCAAGAAAGUCACAUCAUAGGAAAAAAAAUCCCACAAAUGUAACUGCAUGUGAAGGUCAAAUAAAGAAUUAACUCUGAGAAGGAAAUGGGAGAAGGAGGGAAGAAAGCUGCACAUGAUAGAUCAGCAUACAUAGAUGAGCAGGACUGAAUUGCACAUAUCAUAGUAUAAUCACCUGCCAGAUCCUUGGUUAUACAGUGGUACCUCAAGUUACAAACGCCUCAGGUUACAAAUGCUUCAGGUUACAAACUUCACUAAGAGUUACCUCGAGUUGAGAACGUGGCCCCAGGAUGAGAACGGAAAUCAUGUGCCGGCAGCAAGAGGCCCCAUUAGCGAAAGCAGGCCUCUAGUUAAGAACAGUUUCAGGUUAAAAACGGACCUCUGGAAUGAAUUAAGUUCGUAACUAGAGGUACCACUGUAUGCUUAUAAUAUUCAAUAUUCAGGUACAACUAAGACUGGGAGUAAACAUGAGAACACCUGAGAAAAAAAUACCUGUUGUGAUUUUUUUUUAAGGACAAAACUGGUUUAUAUGAACUAUAUAUCUAUUAAUGUAUUGAACAAAAAGAUCAGUCAACUGAAAUUUCCUGAUAAUACCAUAAAGAAUAGAAGGAGUUAUGGAAGAAAAUGUAUAUUUAGGAUUCCAAAAUAAGGCUUCUGCAGUUUUGUAUUGAGCCUCAUGGUGUCGCUGUUCACCAAUAAGGAAAAAAAGUAAAAGAUCCAGCCUCACAACCUUAGCUAUUACAGUGCAGCACACAAUAACUGAGGAGAGGCUGAACAUGACAGUACAGAAAGCAAAACUGAAGUAAGUUUUGCUUAAAAACAAUUUGGCUAUUUUGAACUGGAUCUAGGAGCAGAACAAAGGGAACACCAGAAACCAAUCAUUAGAGCUUUUGAACAGAACCAGCAUUUUUUCUCCUGGUACAAAAUCAUGGAAGAAACCCACAGACUCGGGAGUUGCAAAAAAGGAAUCCUUCAAUGCCUUGUCAUGGUGACAAUCUGGAAGCUAAUUUCUGGGCAGAUCCGCUAUUCCAUUCCUGAGGAGAUGCAGAAAGGCUCUUUUGUGGGGAAUGUUGCAAAGGACCUGGGAAUGGAUGGGAAGCCGCUUUCAGACCAUGGACUCCGCAUUGUUUCCAGUGUAGGUAUGGUUCAGUAUUUUGCUUUGAAUGUCAACAAUGGCCAUUUACAGAUUUCUGAGAGAAUAGAUAGAGAGGAAAUCUGUGGAGAGGCAGACAAAUGCAUAUUGAAGUUGCAGGUUUUUAUUGAAAGUAAAUUAAAACUUUAUGGAAUUGAAGUGGAAAUUACAGAUAUAAAUGACAAUGCACCCUGGUUUCUACCAAAGGAAUGGAAAAUGAAAAUCAGUGAGACAUCAACACUCAGAGACAGGUUUCUUCUACCCAAAGCUCAGGAUCCAGAUCUAGGGAUAAAUUCUAUACAAGAUUAUCAACUUGCAGGCAGUCGCCAUUUUUCUCUGCAUGUGCAGACAGGAGAAAAUGGGGCAAGACAUGCUGAGCUGGUGCUGGAGAAACUUCUGGACAGGGAAGAGCAGCCAGAUUAUGAUCUAAUCUUCACAGCUACUGAUGGGGGUGAUCCAGUGAGAUCUGGUACUGCUCAAAUUCAUGUGAUUGUUCUAGAUGCAAAUGACAAUGCACCGGUUUUCACACAACAGAUCUUUGAAGCAACCAUAAAGGAAAACAUUCCUAAAGGGUUUAUAGUUUGCACAGUGAGAGCCACCGAUAUAGAUGAAGGAAUCAAUGGAGAGGUAAAAUACUCCUUUGGGAAAAACACAGAGAAGAUUUCUAAAACGUUUCGAUUGAAUUCAACAACGGGAGACAUUACCCUUGCAGGAAGCCUUGACUUUGAAAUAUCAUCCUUAUAUGAAUUUGAGGUGCAAGCCAUUGAUGGUGGAGGUCUAAGUAACAGAUCAAAGGUUGUGAUAUUUGUAAGAGACUUAAAUGACAAUGCACCUGAAAUAGCAAUAACCUUUGUACUCAACUCUGUGUCUGAGAACACACCAACUGGAACUGUCAUUGCCAUUUUAAAUGUCCAAGACAGAGAUUCAGGAGUCAAUGGGGAGGUUAUGUGCUCAAUUCCCAAUAGCCUUCCUUUCCAACUAAAGAAAACAAUGGACAACUUUUACACUUUAGUGACAGACAGAGCCCUUGACAGGGAACAAGUGGCGACCUAUGAUAUCCCUAUUACAGCAACUGAUAAUGGGACUCCAACAUUAUCAACCUCUGCAAUUAUUUCACUGCAGCUGUUAGACACAAAUGACAACCCCCCAUUCUUUUUACAGUCAGCCUACACCUCUUAUCUUCUAGAAAAUAAUCCAAGAGGAGCCUCAGUCUUUUCCCUGAAAGCAAGUGAUCCAGACUGGGAAGAAAAUGCCAGAAUAACAUAUUCCAUCACUGAUGACCAAGGAAGUGACUCCCGCCUCUCCUCCUACCUCUCCAUUAACUCUGAGACGGGGGUUAUAUAUGCUCUGACCUCCUUUGAUUAUGAAGAGUUUCGAGACAUUCGGUUCCGUGUAAAGGCUCAGGAUGGAGGUUCUCCACCACUCAGCUCCAACGUCUCAGUGACGCUCUUCAUCCUGGACCAGAAUGACAACGCUCCCCAAAUCCUGUACCCCUCCCCUCCCACUGACGGCUCCACGGGGAUAGAGCUGGCCCCUCGCUCCUCAGAGCCAGGCUACCUGGUCACUAAGGUGGUGGCCGUGGAUGCAGACUCUGGCCAGAAUGCCUGGCUCUCCUACCAGCUGAUCAAGGCCACUGAGCCAGGGCUCUUCACUCUGGGGCUCCACACAGGAGAGAUCAGGACGGCCCGCUUCUUUCUGGAGAAAGAUGCCCUCAAGCAAAGCCUGGUGGUUUUAGUGAAGGACAAUGGGCAGCCACCUCUCUCUGCUUCAGCCACUCUGACUGUGGUGCUGGCUGAUGCCAUCCCUGCAAUCCUCUCAGACCUUAGCAGCAUCUCAGCUCCUGUAGAUCCUCCGUCUGACCUCACCUUCUACCUGGUCCUUGCAGUGGCUUUUGUCUCCUGCUUGUUCUUCACUUUCCUCCUUGUGUUACUGGCUGUCAGGUUGCACAAGUGGAGAAAUUCUCAGCUGUUUGAGUCAGGGAGUGUGAAUUUCAGUGGCGCUCCUAUCUCACAGUUUGUGGGGAUUGACGGAGUCCGAGCAUUUCUGCACUCCUACUGCCAGGAGGUUUCUCUCACUACAGACUCUAGAAAGGCAAAUUAUUCCAAUACUCUGAACAAUAAAGAGGCUUGUGAGGCAAAGGAUCCAAUCCUACCUGGUGAAGAUUUAAACUUGAACAGUGAAGGCUUAAUUGUACUCCAGGUGAGCAAACAAUUUUAGAUUAACAUGAUUUUUUUGUUUUGUUUUAUUAAUAUCAGAAUAUAUUUCCCAUUUGCCUCUGGUUUCUCAUUAUAUUCAGAACUAUGUCAGUCUUCUUUUUAUUCCGUUCAGCUCUUCCUUCUUUUAGUCAUCACUGGGUAUGUGAUCUUUCUGUGAAGGGACUUCUUUCAUCAAAUCUUUAUCUUGAUGCAUUAAGUGACCAAUCUUUGCCUCAUUCGUGCUACUGCUGGUGGGGGCUCAUAAAACAGAAUGCUCCUCUAUAAGAAAACAUAGUUCCCUACAUAUUACAAACAAUCAUGUCUGGGAGACAGUUAUUAGCCUAAUUUAAUUCCUCUCACCUAGUUUUUAUGUGGAAGUGUAUUUCCCGACCAGUAUUGAUCAAGACUUCAGUAUGUGGGUUCCUGUUUAAUUUAUGGAUGGAUUUGGUGCAUUCUUAAUUGUUUUAGCUUUGACUAUUGUAUUUUGUUUUUAUCUCAUUUCUGCAUGAUAUUUCCAAACUUUGGGAUGGAUGGAUAGACAGCUAGUAUAUCAAUAAAUGUGAGCAGCCACCUAUCUCGGUACUGGCAAGACAUAGGUUUACUAGCUCUGUGAGCACUAGAAACUAGAGGCCUAUGACAAGUCAGUGUCCACUCCAGUCAUUCAGGCAGACAAGCUCUUAACCUGGAAGCAAACUGAUUCAUUUUUCUUUUUCUUUCAAGCAGCUUGUACACUACAAAUACCUACUGUGGUCUGCAUGGACAGAUAGGAUAGUCAAACAUCUAGUCAGCAAGUAACUUUGGUGCACUUGUUUGCAUGUCAAUGGUACAGUGGUGCCCCGCAAGACGAAUGCCUCGCAAGACGGAAAACCCGCUAGACGAAAGGGUUUUCCGUUUUUGAGUUGCUUCGCAGGACGAAUUUCCCUAUGGGCUUGCUUCACAAGACGAAAUGUCUUAUGAGUCUUGAGGUUUUUUUCGCUUCCCCUUUAUCUAAGCUGCUAAGCCUGUAAUAGCCUUUAAUAGCCUUUUAGCAGCUAAUCCGCUAAGCCUUUAAGCCUUUAAUAGCCGCUUAUAGCGCUAUUCCGCUAAGCCGCUAAUAGGGUUGCUUCGCAAGACGAAAAAACCGCUAGACGAAGACUCUCGCGGAACGGAUUAAUUUCGUCUUGCGAGGCACCACUGUACUUCAUAGGGACUUCUCUGAUAGUAAGUAACCCCUUUCCACUACACUCCCUCCAGAAAGCUGAUAUUGAUAUUCCCAUUGUCAAAAGGCUCGUUAUGUCAUUUUCCAAAAGCAGUUAUGGUUUUACUUAGCCUUUUAUUGACUGAGAUAUUAUUGAUGUUUGUAUAUUUUAGAAUGAUAAGAUAAGGAGACUUAAUUGGGGAGGGGACUCUGGGAAUAAAAAAGAAAAAAUGCAAGCAGUUGUAUGUAAGAUGGUUGCAUUAUGCUCCUUAUAACUUGGAACCUUCACCCUGUGUCAGAAAACAACAGCAACACACUAACUUUUUUUGGGGGGGGGGUUCUACCCCAAUUAGAUUUCCAAUAUAAGGUGAGGGUAGAAUUUUGAAUCUCAGAAAAUAUAUGUGUCUGUGGUGUCAGAAGAAGAGUGCUUGACAAUGUCCAAAAAUCCCAAGCCGGAAAACACUUAUUUGUAGGAUGUGUUUCUGACCCCAUUAAGAAACUCACAAGAAAACUGUCCUUGGUUAGAGAGAUGUCCCCAAACAACAUUAUACGGCUUGUGCCAAGUUAUUGACACAGCUGUAAGUGGUAGGGGCUGAACUUUGGAGAUAUUGUAGGGGUGACCAUUUGUGACAAUGUCCUGGAAGUCCAUUCAUUGCAGAAUGAAAACUACACUGGAGCGGAGGUGGGGAUGCUUUGAUUCACACAAAAUUGUAUGAGAGAAACUGGAAAUGAUUUAUUACUUGGGAACAUUGCGGGGGAAAUGGUGCUAGAAAUAGUUGCUUUACAUUAUUGUAAAUAAAAGUGGUAAAAUAUUUUGAUCACAUUGAUCACAUGCACAUUGCUUAGUUUGGUCUUUCAGUAUUUUAUUCCUUUACAGAAACCUUUUAAACAGAAUAAUGCAAAAGUAUAGAGGUAUUAAUGCUAUGUUUAAACUGGGUGAAAGACAGAUAGCAAAUAACAUACUAAUGUAUUACAUGGUAUCUCUUUUAUAAAGAGUGCAGCUAGCUUUAGUCCAGGUCCUAUGAGAAGAUUUUAAAUAUAGGCUCUCCCAUCUUUUUUAAUCACUUUAAUUCAGCAAGGACCCAGUUUUCUUUGAAUUAAUUUCAAGUAUAAAUGGGGUUCAUCAGUACUGUUAGCUAAACCUCCCUGCCAUUUCUUCCCUUUUUCAAGAAAAAAAAAAUCACCUUUGUGUGGGGUGCUGGUAGUAACUGUCAAUGGGCAGAGGUAGGAAAGUCCUAACCUUGAACCAGAAAUGAUGUUCCUAAGUAUGCACAGAAGUGGAAUUUCCUGCCAGAGAGGAUGUAAAGUGUAGUUCCCUCUGCCUCCUGAUCCAAUAAAGGAGACAUUGACAAACCUUGUGUACCCUGACAAGGCAUUACACUAUUUAAAUGAUCUAGAAGACCACAAUUUCUUUAGAAGCCUCUGGAAACAAAGCCCUCCUCACCAACAGGCAUCCCCUCUCUACUAUUCCUAAGGUUUUUCUUGUUUUUUUUUUCUUUUUAAAGAAAGAAACUAUCAAUGAUGCUGAAUGGUGGGGCACUGGGAAGCGAAGAGGGUGCACACAAGUGAUGGAGAAGAAAUUUGUUUCUGAUUUAAUUUAAAUGUGAACUUAUAUUACAAGCAAUUCCCUACUUUAGAGAUAAAAUUCCAUGUAGAAUUACAGAAAUAGCAAAAACAGUUCCCCAUGUGGACUCAGAGUGUCACUGUUGGACAACGUGGGAGCAGCCAUGGUUCAGCAUUUCUGAGACUCUUGGAGUAGUAUCUCUCUCUUAACACUUCAGCCAAGCAGAAAGGAAAAGCUUUUAUUUUAAAAGCUGCUCAAGAAAGGAAAGCUCUCAGUUUCCCAAAGAUCAGCUCAAAAGAACAAUAUUUCUAUUAUCUCACAUAAUAAAGAAGGAGGAAAUCAUAAACAACAAUGGAUGUGAUGGAAAUAAAGCAGGCAGAGAGAAAAAGGAAGAUCACCAAGAGGCAAGUACUGUUUCUGUUCAUAUUCUGGUCUGUGUUCUGCUGCCAGGUAGUGUCUGAGCAGGUUCAGUAUUCAGUUCCAGAGGAAGCAGAGCAGGGCUCCUUUGUGGGGAACCUUGCUAAAGAUCUGGGGUUGGAUGUCAGAGAGCUGUCAAAGCGCAAGCUUGGUAUUUCUUCAGAAAAGCAAUUCUUUGAUUUGAAUGAACAAAAUGGCAACCUGUAUGUGAAUGAGAGGAUAGACCGGGAAGAGAUCUGUGGGGAAUCAUCCACUUGUGUCCUCGAAUUAGAAAUUGUGGCACACAAUCCUUUGAAUAUUUUCCACGUAAAUAUUCUUAUCCAGGACAUUAAUGAUAAUGCCCCACAUUUCCAGAAUGAAAAUAUUGAGCUUAAAUUUAGUGAAUCUACUCUGCCAGGAACUCGAUUUGCUCUUGGAAAUGCUGAAGAUGAUGAUAUCGGAAUGAACUCCCUCCAGAAUUAUCAGUUGAGCUCAACUCCAUAUUUCAAACUAGAAAUUCAAAACAGCAAUGAUGGUGGUAAAUAUGCUGAAUUAAUUUUGCAGAAACAACUGGACAGGGAAAAGGAACAGGUGCAUAACAUGGUCCUUACAGCCAUGGAUGGUGGAGAACCUCCAAAAACCGGAACAGCCAAAAUAUUGGUAACAGUUAUUGAUAUUAAUGACAAUGUCCCUGUUUUCACCCAGACAAUCUAUAAAGUGAGCCUGAAGGAGAGUGCACCCAAAGGAACCUCUGUGCUUCAAGUCAAAGCAUCUGACAGUGAUGAAGGGUCAAAUGCUGAGAUCACUUAUACUUUCAGUGACAUCCCAAAAACAGCCAAACAGAAGUUUCAUCUGGAUCCCAGAGACGGAACAAUCACACUCAUAGAAAGUGUUGAUUUUGAGGACAGACAAAAAUAUAUGAUGAAAAUUCAGGCAAGUGAUGGCGGAGGAUUGGCGGCACAUUGCAAUGUGGAGAUUGAGGUUCUUGAUGAGAAUGACAAUGCUCCAGAUGUGAUCCUUACAUCCAUGUCCAGCCCAGUUCCGGAAGAUGUCACAUCUGGAGCUGUGAUUGCUCUCAUUAAAGUUCAGGACAGGGAUUCUGGGGAUAACGGAGAAGUCACCUGUCACCUGAAGGAACUUGUACCUUUCCUGAUAGUCUCAUCUUCGAGUAAUUACUUCAAGCUCCUCAUAGAUGGUGCCCUUGACAGAGAAAGGACUCCCGAGUAUAAUAUUACAAUCACAGCCACAGACAAAGGCACACCUCCACUCUCCACACACAAAACCAUAUCAAUACAGAUCUCAGAUAUCAAUGAUAACCCACCAGCCUUUGAAAAAUCUUCCUACACUGCCUACGUUCCAGAAAACAACCCGUCUGGAGCUUCAAUUUUCCAUAUCAAGGCCUCUGACCCAGAUCUGGAUCGCAAUGCCAGAAUCACUUACUCCAUCCUUAACAGCAACAUCAAGGACCUGCCUCUCUCUUCCUAUGUCUCCAUUAACUCUGAGACUGGAAUCAUCUAUGCCCAACGCUCCUUUGACUAUGAGCAAUUCAGGGAGUUUCAGAUUCAAGUGAAGGCCCAAGAUGGAGGUUCUCCACCACUCAAUAGCAGUGCCACAGUGACAGUAUGUGUUUUGGAUCGAAAUGAUAACGCUCCGCAGAUCCUGUACCCCUCACAAUCAACAGAGGGCUCCCCUUUCUUUGAGAUGGUGCCUCGGUCAGCUGAGUCGGGUUAUCUGGUGACGAAGGUGGUGGCCGUGGACUCUGAUUCGGGACACAAUGCCUGGCUCUCCUUCCAUCUCCUGCAGGCCACAGAGCCCUCACUCUUCAGCAUUGGCUCCCACACAGGAGAGGUGCAAACAGUCCGAGCAUUACUUGAGAGAGAUGCAGUGAAGCAGAGGCUGGUCAUCCUGGUGAAGGACAAUGGGCACCCUCCUCUCUCAGCCACCACAACUUUGAGCCUGGUGUUUGCUGAGAACUUCCAGGAGGCUCUUCCAGAAAUGAACUCCCAACCAAAUGACUCAGAGUAUCAGUCUGAUCUACAGUUUUAUUUGGUAUUGGCCUUGACCUUGGUGUCCUUCCUGUUCCUGGUGACGGUGAUUCUGACCAUUCUGAUGAAGCUUCGAAGGUCAAGGAACCCUACUUUCCUUCAGUGCUUUAUUCCUGACCCCCAUUCAAAGGCUGGUGCCAUAUUCCCACCCAAUUAUGAGGACGGAACUUUGCCUUAUUCCUACCAGGUCUGUCUGUCCUCUGAAUCCAGGAGGAAUGAGUUGACAUUCCUGCAGCCCACUGUCCAAAUAGCAGAGAACAUCCUUUGCAAUGGCAACCCUGACAUUUCUUUGAUGGUCAGUGGAGGCAAUUUAAUUUCUGAAAAGGAAAAUGACAGCACGGUGAGUUAAAGUGCAUUCUUUUUUUCCCUUCCUUUUUUAGGGAAUUUGGUGUGUUAUCACUUGUUUAAGAGUUUGAUUGUAAACAGUGGAUUAUAUCAAACUGGCACCCCAUACAAUUCAGGCCAUGUUACCAGGAAGGUAGGUAGAGAGUAAUACUGAGCUGCUACUGUUGCAGAUCAAGCUAAUGUAAUGGGCCUUCUAGCGUUUGUUGAAGGGCAAAAUUGCAAGUUGGGGGAGCCUCAGUCAGAAUUAUCUAAAUGCACAUUUGCAUGCUGACUUAGGGUGAGAAUCUCGGACCACAGGAUGGCAUAUCAUGUUUGAGUGGAGAUGCUUAUCCUUCCUUCCUUCCUUCCUUCCUUCCUUCCUUCCUUCUUUCCUUCGUAGUAUGACUAAAAUUGAAUAUGUAGCUAUUUUAAUGUUCUCUCUUUAAGAAGAUACAGUAUAUGCAAGAACAAACACAAAAACAUCCUACAUAGUAUAUGCUUCAAGAAGUUUGCAAAUUUUUUAGUUAUUGGCAAAAUUCUCCUUAUUAUCAAACUAAAUAUUAGGAAGUUUGUGGGGAGUUUUUUAUGUGUUAUCAGGAAGGAAAUAGUGGAUUGAACAUCUUUUGUUGGCGGUCUGCCAACAGAGAUAAUUACAUGGUGAUUGAUAAUAGCCAGACAUAAGUCUUGGUUCUCAUAUUAAUUUUGGGGAAAAGAGUGAACAAGAGAUUAAUCUCUGGUGCUUUGUAAAAGCUGUUUUCUGUGUCAAGAGACCAAGAAGCAGUCAGCUCCUAGGAACUCGGAUGGGGGUUAAGCGACUUGAGAGCUGAGGAAUUUUCAUCUUGCCCCAAAGCCAUAAAAGAGCCGUGACCGGUAUGGGAUCUGCAAAAGUCUCCCUUUCUUAAUUAUUUUUGGGACAGUUAUAAUUUAUAACUGAUGGAGAUUUGUCCAGUUUUAACAAUGGAAAUUGGUAUAUUUGUAUUUUUUAGAUUGAGAGUAUAAAAUGUUCUACAUUGUUAAACUUUUAUAUUAUUAAAAAUGAAUAAAAAUAAUAUUUUAAAAAUGACAACCAUAAUUUAAAGCACACAGAAAGUUAAAAUCACAACAGAAUACAGUGGUACCUCGGGUUAAGUACUUAAUUCAUUCCGGAGGUCCGUUCUUAACCUGAAACUGUUCUUAACCUGAAGCACUACUUUAGCUAAUGGGGCUUCCCGCUGCCGCCACGCCGUCAGAGCACGAUUUUUGUUCUCAUCCUGAAGCAAAGUUCUUAACCCGAGGUACUAUUUCUGGGUUAGCAGAGUCUGUAACCUGAAACGUAUGUAACCUGAAGCGUAUGUAACCCGAGGUACCACUGUAGAUUAAUACAAGUUAAAGCAAAUUAAAAAUGCAAGCAAUCGUAUGUAAGAUUGAUUGCAUUAUGCUCUUUAUAACUUGGAACCUUCACCCUGUGUCAGAAAACAACAGCAACACACUAAUUUUUUUUUGGGGGGGUGUUUCUACCCCAAUGCGAUUUCCAAUAUAAGGUGAGGGUAGAAUUUUGAAUCCCAGAAAAUAUAUGUGUCUGUGGUGUCAGAAGAAGAGUGCUUGACAAUGUCCAAACAUCCCAAGCCGGAAAACACUUAUUUGUGGGAUGUGUUUCUGACCCUAUUAAGAAACUCACAAGAAAACUGUCAUGGGAUAGAGAGAUGUCCCCAAACAACAUUAUAUGGUUUGUGCCAAGUUAUUGACACAGCUGUAGCUGGUAGGGGCUGAACUUUGAAGAUAUUGUAGAGGUGACCAUUUGUGAUAAUGUCCUGGAACUACGUUCAUUGCAGAAUCAAAACUGCAUUGGAGCAGGUGGGGUGGGAAUGCUUUGAUUCACACAAAAUUGUAUGACGGUUAAAGAGAAACUGGAAAUGAUUUAAUAUUGGGAGCACUUGGGGGGAAAUGGUGCUUGAAAUAGUUGCAUUACAUUAUUGUAAAUACAUGUGGUAAAAUAUUUUGAUCACAUUAAUCAAAUGUACAUUGGUUAGUUUGGUCUUUCAGUAUUUUAUUCCUUUACAGAAACUUUUUAAAUGGAAUUAUGCAAAAGUAUAGAGAUAUUAAUGCUAUGUUUAAACUGGGUGAAAGACAGAUAGCAAAUAACGUAAUAAUGUAUUACAUGUUGUCUCUUUUAUAAAGAGUGCAGCUAGCUUUAGUCCAGGUCCUAUGAGAAGAUUUUAAAUAUAAGCUCUCCCAUCUUUUUUAAUCACUUUAAUUCAGCGAGGACCCAGUUUUCUUUGAAUUAAUUUCAAGCAUAAAAUGGGUUUCACCAGUACCAUUAGCUAAACCUCCCUGCCAUUUCUUCCCUUUAUCAAGUAAAAAUAAAAUCACCCUUAAAAAGGUGUGGGGUGCCGGUGGUAAUUGUCAGUGGGCAGAGGUAGGAGAGUCCUAUCUAACCUCAAACCAGAAAUGAUGUUCCUGAACAUGCACAGAACUGGAACUUCCUGCCAGGGAGCAUGUCAAAUGUAGAUCCCUCUGCCUCCUGAUCCAAUAAAGGAGACAUUGACAAACCAUGUGUACCCUGACAAGGAAUUACAAUCUGGAAGACCACAAUUUCUUUAGAAGCCUCUGAAAACAAACUUUCUGUAUCUGAUGAGCCCUCAUCACCAACAGGCAUCCCCUCUCUACUAUACCUAAGGGUUUUCUUGGUUUUUUUCCACUUUUUAAAGAAAGAAAAUAAAGCAAUGAUGCUGAAUAGUGAGGGACUGGGAAGCGAAAAGGAUGCACACAAGUGAUGGAGAAGAAAUAUGUUUCAGAUUGCAUUUAAAGGUGUACUUAUAUUACAGACAAUUCCCUACUUAAGAAACAAAAUUCCAUGUAGAAUUCUAGAAAUAGUAAAAGCAGUUCAUCGUAUGGACUCAGAGUGUCACUGUUGGACAAUGUGGGAGCAGCCAUGGCUCAGCAUUUCUGAGACUCUUGGAGUAGUCUCUCUCUCUUAACACUUCAGCCGAGCAGAAAGGAAAAGCUUUUAUGUUAAAAGCUGCUCAAGAAAGGAAAGCUCUCAGUUUCCCAAAGAUCAGCUCAAAAGAACAAUAUUUCUAUGAUCUGACAUCAGUGUACUGGGAGUCUUGAAAAUUGAAGUGAAAGAAGGAGGAAAUCAGAAACAACAAUGGAUGUGAUUGAAGUAAAGCAGGCAGAGAGAACAAGGGAGAUCACCAAGAGGCAAGUACUGUUUCUGUUCAUAUUCUGGUCUGUGUUCUGCUGCCAGGUAGUAUCUGAGCAGGUUCAAUAUUCAGUUCCAGAGGAAGCAGAGCAGGGCUCCUUUGUGGGGAACCUUGCUAAAGAUCUGGGGUUGGAUGUCAGAGAGCUGUCAAAGCGCAAGCUUGGUAUUUCUUCAGAAAAGCAAUUCUUUGAUUUGAAUGAACAAAAUGGCAACCUGUAUGUGAAUGAGAGGAUAGACCGGGAAGAGAUCUGUGGGGAAUCAUCCACUUGUGUCCUCAGAUUAGAAGUUGUGGCACACAAUCCUUUGAAUAUUUUCCACGUAAAUAUUUUUAUCCAGGACAUUAAUGAUAAUGCUCCACAUUUCCAGAAUGAAAAUAUUGAGCUUAAAUUGAGUGAGUCUACUCUGCCGGGAACUCGAUUUGCUCUUGGAAAUGCCGAAGAUGAUGAUAUUGGAAUAAACUCCCUCCAGAAUUAUCAGUUGAGCUCAACUCCAUAUUUCAAACUAGAAAUUCAAAACAGCAAUGAUGGUGGUAAAUAUGCUGAAUUAAUUUUGCAGAAACAACUGGACAGGGAAAAGGAACAGGUGCAUAACAUGGUCCUUACAGCCAUGGAUGGUGGAGAACCUCCAAAAACCGGAACAGCCAAAAUAUUGGUUGCAGUUAUUGAUAAUAAUGACAAUGUUCCUGUUUUCACCCAGACAAUCUAUAAAGUGAGCCUGAAGGAGAGUGCACCCAAAGGAACCUCUGUGCUUCAAGUCAAAGCAUCUGACAGUGAUGAAGGGUCAAAUGCUGAGAUCACUUAUACUUUCAGUGACAUCCCAAAAACAGCCAAACAGAAGUUUCAUCUAGAUCCCAGAGACGGAACAAUCACACUCAUAGAAAGUGUUGAUUUUGAGGACAGACAAAAAUAUGUGAUGAUAAUUCAGGCAAGUGAUGGAGGAGGCUUGGUGGCACAUUGUAAUGUGGAGAUUGAGGUUCUUGAUGAGAAUGACAAUGCUCCAGAUGUGAUCCUUACAUCCGUGUCCAGCCCAGUUCCUGAAGAUGCCACAUCUGGAGCUGUAAUUGCUCUCAUUAAAGUUCAGGACAGGGAUUCUGGGGAUAAUGGAGAAGUCACCUGUCACCUGAAGGAGUUUGUACCUUUCCUGAUAGUCUCAUCUUUGGAUAAUUACUUCAAGCUCCUCAUAGAUGGUGCCCUUGACAGGGAAAGGAGUGCAGAUUAUAAUAUUACAAUCACAGCCACAGACAAAGGCACACCUCCACUCUCCACACACAAAACCAUAUCAAUACAGAUCUCAGAUAUCAAUGAUAACCCACCAGCCUUUGAAACAUCUUCCUACACUGCCUACGUUCCAGAAAACAACCCAUCUGGAGCUUCAAUUUACCACGUCAAGGCUUCUGACCCAGAUCUGGAUCGCAAUGCUCGAAUCACUUACUCCAUCCUUAACAGCAACAUCAAGGAUCUGCCUCUCUCCUCCUAUGUCUCCAUUAACUCUGAGACUGGAAUCAUCUAUGCCCAACGCUCAUUUGACUAUGAGCAAUUCAGGGAGUUUCAGAUUCAAGUGAAGGCCCAAGAUGGAGGUUCUCCACCACUCAAUAGCAGUGCCACAGUGACAGUAUGUGUUUUGGAUCGAAAUGAUAACGCUCCGCAGAUCCUGUACCCCUCACAAUCAACAGAGGGCUCACCUUUCUUUGAGAUGGUGCCUCGGUCAGCUGAGUCGGGUUAUCUGGUGACGAAGGUGGUGGCCGUGGACUCUGAUUCGGGACACAAUGCCUGGCUCUCCUUCCAUCUCCUGCAGGCCACAGAGCCCUCACUCUUCAGCAUUGGCUCCCACACAGGAGAGGUGCAAACAGUCCGAGCAUUACUUGAGAGAGAUGCAGUGAAGCAGAGGCUGGUCAUCCUGGUGAAGGACAAUGGACAUCCUCCUCUCUCAGCCACCACAACUUUGAGCCUGGUGUUUGCUGAGAACUUCCAGGAGGCUCUUCCAGAAAUGAACUCCCAACCAAAUGACUCAGAGUAUCAGUCUGAUCUACAGUUUUAUUUGGUAUUGGCCUUGACCUUGGUGUCCUUCCUGUUCCUGGUGACCGUGAUAUUGACCAUUCUGAUGAAGCUUCGAAGGUCAAGGAACCCUACUUUCCUUCAGUGCUUUAUUCCUGACCCGCAUUCAAAGGCUGGUGCCAUAUUCCCACCCAAUUAUGAGGACGGAACUUUGCCUUAUUCCUACCAGGUCUGUCUGUCCUCUGAAUCCAGGAGGAAUGAGUUGACAUUCCUGCAGCCCACUGUCCAAAUAGCAGAAAACAUCCUUUGCAAUGGCAACUCUGACAUUUCUUUGAUGUUCAGUGGAGGUAAUUUAAUUUCUGAAAAGGAAAAUGACAGCACGGUGAGUUAUAUUGCAUUUUCUUUUUGUGGAAUUAAUUAUGUUAUCACUUGUUUGAGUGUUGAAUUGUAAAUAGUGGAUGUUAUCAAGCUGGCGUUCUAGACAAUUUAGGCCAUGUCGCUAGGGAGGGAGGUAGUGAGUUGUACUGAGCUGCUACUGCUGCAGAUCAAGCUAAUGGAAUGGGCCUUUUAGCAGUUGUUGAAGGGCAAAAUUGCAAGUUGGGGGAGCCUCAGUCAGAAUUAUCCAGAUGCACAUUUGCAUGCUGACUUAGGGCGACAAUCUCGGACCACAAGAUGGCAUAACAUGUUUGAGUGGAGACAGUGCUUAUUCUUCCUU